CGCCGGGUUGCGGGCCCUGAGCGCCGGCUGGGGCGCGCACCAUGAACUCGUGGGACGCGGGGCUGGCGGGGCUGCUGGUGGGCACGAUGGGCGUCUCGCUGCUGUCCAACGCGCUGGUGCUGCUCUGCCUGCUGCACAGCGCGGACAUCCGCCGCCAGGCGCCGGCGCUCUUCACCCUGAAUCUCACGUGCGGGAACCUGCUGUGCACCGUGGUCAACAUGCCGCUCACGCUGGCCGGCGUCGUGGCGCAGCGGCAGCCUGCGGGCGACCGCCUGUGCCGCCUGGCCGCGUUCCUCGACACCUUCCUGGCGGCCAACUCCAUGCUCAGCAUGGCGGCGCUCAGCAUCGACCGCUGGGUGGCCGUGGUCUUUCCGCUGAGCUACCGAGCCAAGAUGCGCCUCCGCGACGCGGCGCUCAUGGUGGCCUACACGUGGCUGCACGCGCUCACCUUCCCCGCCGCCGCGCUCGCCCUGUCGUGGCUCGGCUUCCAUCAGCUGUAUGCCUCGUGCACGCUGUGCAGCCGGCGGCCUGACGAGCGCCUGCGCUUCGCCGUCUUCACGGGCGCCUUCCACGCUCUCAGCUUCCUGCUCUCCUUCGUCGUGCUCUGCUGCACGUACCUCAAGGUGCUCAAGGUGGCCCGCUUCCACUGCAAGCGCAUCGACGUGAUCACCAUGCAGACGCUCGUGCUGCUUGUGGACCUGCACCCCAGUGUGCGGGAACGCUGUCUGGAGGAGCAGAAGCGGAGGCGGCAGCGAGCCACUAAGAAGAUCAGCACCUUCAUAGGGACCUUCCUUGUGUGCUUCGCGCCCUACGUGAUCACCAGGCUGGUGGAGCUCUUCUCCACGGUGCCCAUCGGCUCCCACUGGGGGGUGCUGUCCAAGUGCUUGGCCUACAGCAAGGCCGCGUCCGACCCCUUUGUGUACUCCUUACUGCGACACCAAUACCGCAAAAGCUGCAAGGAGAUUCUGAACAGGCUCCUGCACCGACGCUCCAUCCAUUCCUCCGGCCUCACCGGCGACUCUCACAGCCAGAACAUUCUGCCGGUGUCUGAGUGAAGGACCACGCUCCUGCUGAAGAGUUUAGAAUGAGGCAGCGGUGAGAAGAAGGGAGGGAGGGCGUGGGGGCCCCUGGGUGAACACCACCAGCUGCCAGCCCCUGGCGUACCCAGUGAUCCUGGUUCCCUGGCUUGUAGGGGCUCCAGAGCCUGCUUCCUGGUUCCUCAAGGGCAGACAUUGGACAGUCCCUAUUUGUCACCAAAGGAUGACUAUGGGCCAUGUGCUAGCCUUUCUAAGAAGCUCCUGGACUCACCUGAGGCUCCCUGGGGGAUGACACUCAGUUCUGUCACUGUCAAGGAUGCAAAGAGCUGGUGGCAGGUGGGAAGCAUGGUGUCCACCUGCCUGCUGACCACUGGAUGCUGCUCCAUGCUGAAGAAAAGUGACAGUCUCCAGGGGACAUUUCAGCCAUGCCAAAGGGAGGCUGGCAGUGGUCAUUUGGCCCAGAUCUAACAUGGCACCUCUUCUCCACAGGGUAGUGGUGACUGCUUCAAUCCAAAUAUUAUUCAGCUGGUACUAACGACAUUGUGCCCAGCUGGGACUCUUGGGCUCUGUGCCUGAGGGAAAAUGUUUCACAACUAGUGGCUGCCCAGUUGCUGCUGGCCAGUUGUCUUAGAAAUGGUCAAUUGGAUUCAACUUUGUCCUCUCCUUCCCCCUAAAAGCGAAUGUUUAUGUGUGCAGACAAUCCUAGCAUGAAAAUGGUUUAAAUAGGCUGGUCCUACACGUAUUAGGUUCUUUCAAGUUUGACUGGGAGGUCCCCUUCUGAUUUACAAGUCCUCAUUGUUGGAGCUCAGUAAAGGCAGGAGGAAGGUGGCUAGUUGGUCCCCGCUUCCCCUGUUUGUGACCUGAUUUUUCAUGAAGUGUUUCACCUUGUCUUAUGCAUCUUGUCUGGCAUGUCCUGGGAGAUGGAUGAGCAAGAGCUGGCCUGAGCAGGGAUUUUUGCCUUGAUUUUAAGUCACUGGGUUCCAUUGUCCUGGCGCCUCCAUCUCCCUAGUUUCUGUAAGCCUAUUAACAGAAAGUAGAGGCUGUUCAAGAAAGUGCCCUGUGCUAAUGAUGAGACAAUGAAAUUUUUAUAGAGUACUGCACCUGUAAUACACAUGCCAAUCUGUUAGCAGCCCUGACUUGAUUUAAUAAAAACCAAGGAGAGCAGCCCCUG